AUGUUAUCUUUGACUUUUAUCUCUUUGGUCCUUAGGCUUUCCUUCCUUUUUUGCAGUCCCACUGAUCCUAAGUGCUUUUUGAGAAUAAAAGACAAGGAAAACCAGGAUGGAGAUAAGGAACUUGAUUGUUUCUUUUCCAUUUAUGCUGUGAGUGGACACAUGAAGAAUGAACACUUCAGUGGAAAUCUAGACAAGCAGUUGACAACUAAGAACAUUCACUUGAUUUUAUCUCUUUAUUUUGCCAUUGAUGAAAUCAAUAGGGACCCUCAUGUUUUACCCAAUAUUUCCCUGCUAGUUAAAGUUGAAUGUAAACUAUUGGCUGAUUGGAGUAAAAUCAGUUUAUCCUCAAAAAGAGGUGAUUAUUUUCCUAACUACCACUGCAGAAACCAGAGAAGAUAUUUAGUGGUACUUACUGGACCAAUGUGGUUACCAUCUGCCAUGCUUGGACCACUCCUGUACAUCUCCAGGAUUCCAGAGCUUUACUAUGGGCCAUUUCAUCCUCUCCUGAGUAACCAUGAACACUUUCCUUAUUUAUACCAGAUGGAUAUCAAGGACACAUCUGUAUCUAUUGCUAUGCUGUCUCUGGUAAUCUAUUUCAGCUGGAACUGGUUGGGACUGAUCAUAUCAGAUGAUGACCUAGGACUUCAAUUUGCCUUUGAAUUGAGAAAAGAAGUACAAAAACAUGACAUCUGUUUAGCCUUUGUUACUAUUAUCACAUAUGACAUAAAACUAUUCAUUAAGAGGGCUAGUACAUAUUAUAAUCAGAUCAUGAUGUCUUCAGCAAAAGCUGUUAUAAUUUAUGGAGACAAAGACUCUCCUCUACAAGUGAUCCUAAGACUAUGGCAGUUUGUAGACAUUCGGAGAAUCUGGGUCACUACCUCACAAUGGGAUAUGAUUACAAGUAAUGGAAAAUUCCUCUUCAACUCCUUCCAUGGAACUCUCAGUUUUUCCCAUCAUUAUUCUGAAAUAGCUGGCUUUAAAAAAUUUAUACAGACAGUUCACCCUUCAAAUUACAGUAAUAGUAUUUCUCUUGCUAAAUUAUGGUGGAUAUACUUUAAAUGUUCUUUAUUAUCAUCUAAUUGCAAGAAACUGAAGAAAUGUUCAGAAGAUAUGCUACUGGAUUGGUUAUCCAGGAAUCAGUUUGAAAUGUCCAUGAGUGACACUAGUUACAAACUAUAUAACGCUGUAUAUGCUGUGGCUCAUUCACUCCAUGAGUUACUUUUGCAGCAAGUAGAUACAUUGUCAAAGAAUGCUGGGAAGGGACUUGAAAUUUACUCCUUGCAGGUUCUCUCUUUCCUGAGGAAUGUCCAAUUUGUAAAUCCUGUUGGAGACAUAGUGAACAUGAAUAAGAAAGCCAACCUGGAUAGAUAUUAUGAUAUUUUCUACACUGGGAAUUUUCUACAACUAUGUGGACUUAAGGUGAAAAUAGGCAAGUUUACCCAGUAUGUGCCACAUCUGCAACAAUUGCUUGUAUCUGAUGAAAUGAUAGCGUGGGCUACAGAUAUUAGACAGAUUCCACCGUCAAUAUGCAGUACACCUUGCAGUCCAGGAUUUAGAAAAUCCCUUCAAGAUGGAAAGGCUAUCUGUUGCUUUGAUUGCAUCCCCUGUUCAGAGAAUGAAAUUUCCAAUAUGUCAGGCAUGGAUUAUUGUUUGAAAUGUCCAGAUGAUCAAUAUGCCAACAUAGAAGCAACUCAUUGCUUAUCAAAAACUGUGACAUUCCUGUCUUAUGAAGACCCCCUAGGGAUGGUUUUGGCCUGCUUGGCUCUUUGCUUUUCUGCUCUCACAGCUGUUAUAUUUGGUGUUUUUAUGAGAAACCAAGACACUCCUAUUGUCAAGGCCAAUAACAGAAAUCUAAGCUAUUGCCUGCUAAUGUCACUCAUCUCCUGUUUUCUCUGUUCCUUGCUCUUCAUUGGACAACCACAGAUGACCACAUGCAUUAUGCAGCAGACCAUAUUUGCCAUUGUAUUUACUGUUGCUGUCUCUACUGUCUUGGCCAAGACAAUUACUGUAGUACUGGCAUUCAAGGUCACUGUUCCAGGUAAAAGAAUGAGGUGGUUACUAAUAUCAGGGGCAUCUAAAUUGAUCAUUCCUGUAUGUACCAUGAUCCAAUUGAUUCUUUGUGGAAUCUGGCUGGGAACUUCUCCUCCAUUUGUUGAUAUUGAUGUACACAUUGAAUUUGGCCAAAUUCUGAUUGUUUGCAACAAAGGAUCAGUUAUGGCCUUUUACUUGGUAUUAGGAUAUCUGGGUUUCCUUGCCCUAGCAAGCUUCACUAUAGCAUUCUUGGCCAGGAGUUUGCCUGACACAUUCAAUGAAGCCAAGUUCCUAACAUUUAGUUCAAUGGUGUUCUGUAGUGUCUGGGUCACUUUCCUUCCUGUCUACCAUAGCACCAAGGGGAAGGCUGCAGUUGCUGUGGAGGUCUUCUGCAUCUUGUCCUCCAGUGCAGGGUUGCUUCUUUGCAUCUUUGCUCCAAAAUGCUAUGUCAUUUUGUUAAAACCUGAGAUAAAUUCUCUUCGCAAGAUCAGGAACACACAUUCUAAAGUUUAA